AUGGAGCCAGCCGCUAGCCAUCAUUAUUGGCGUUUCAAGCCCCACAUAUUGAUGGUUCUAUGUCAACUUGGGUACACGUUUCUCUACUUCAUAACAGAGGCCUCAUUCAAGAAUGGCAUGAAUCCGCAUGUCUAUGUAACUUAUCGGCAUAUUGUUGCUGGUUUUGUUAUGUUCCCUUUUGCCUAUUUUCUUGAAAGAGAUAAGAGGCCAAAAAUGACAUUGGUUAUAUUUUUGGAGAUUUUCCUUCUCUCUUUUUUAGGGGUGACAUUGACCCUUAAUAUGUACUUCACAAGCCUUCGAUGCACCUCCCCAACGCUCGUUGCAUCAAUGGUCAACACCAUUGCUUGCCUAACAUUUAUCAUUGCAGUUAUACUAAGGUUGGAAGUUGUUGAUCUCCAAAACCCUCGAGGAAUCGCAAAAGUAGUUGGAACCCUAGUUUCAUUGGCUGGUGUAAUGACCAUGACUUUGUACAAGGGGCCCAUUAUGCCGAGCCUCGGUCAUUCUGCCAUCCAUUUUACACAAACCACAGUGAUUCAAGAAAAUUGGUUAAAGGGUUCGGUUCUUACAGUCGCCAGCUGUCUAACGUGGUCUAUAUGGUACAUAAUGCAGGCAUAUACACUGAAAAGAUAUCCUGCACAACUUUCACUUACGACAUGGAUGAGCUUUCUUGGAGGAGCACAAUCGGCAGUUUUCACAUCGAUGAUAGAACAUAAAGGAGUUGCUUGGAGAAUUGGGUUUGAUAUUGAUCUAUGGUCAACGAUAUAUGGAGGCAUAGUUGUCUCUGGUUUAAUUGUGUACAUGCAACUUUGGUGCACCAAAGAAAAAGGGCCGGUUUUUGUGACAAUGUUUAAUCCACUUUCAACGUUGUUAGUGGCAGUUUUGGCGUACUUUGUUGUUGAUGAGAAACUUUACACUGGCAGCAUAGUAGGGGGAACGGUUGUUAUAAGUGGUUUAUACAUGCUACUAUGGGGAAAGGAAGGUGACAAAGAAGAGCAAGUUUCGACAAUCGAACAUCAAUAUAUAACACAUGAAGUAGACCAAGAAGACCCGAAGAAGUGA